GUAGUCUUGUUAGUCGAAAAUUUUACCAACUGGAAUCUCGUCUCUGAUUCAAUUUCCAUGUUGCCGCCGCAGAUUCCAGAGCACGAGAGGGAGGCCGCCGCGGAGGAGAAGCCAUCCACCGCAAGCUACGUCCACAAACCCACUCCCCUCCACCGCUCCGCCACCGCUUUCGCCGCCUCGGGGCGGCGGCGGGCCAGCCGGACCGAAUGCGAGGCCGUCUCGGUCGCCUGCGACAAGUGCCGCCCGAGCGCAGCGCCGGUCGAGCUUCCGGCCCGCCGCCAUCAGCGGCAGCGUCCUACGCCUCCCUCCUCAUCCUCGCCCGACCCCGGCGGCCUGCUUCGCUCGCUAGUCCUCUCCCUCACCCGCCGGAGCCCCACGCCGGCGGCCGAGGAAAAGUGGCGCAUUGUCGCGGAAGAGAUGUCGAGGAAGCUUGUCCACGCCGCGCGGAAGCGCGACGAGGCCCAGCACGAGACCUCCAGCCUCAGGAUCUCGCUCGCCGAGCUCGAGACGAAGAUCCUCCUACUCGAGUCACAGUGCCGUGACCUCCGGACCGCCUUCCUUCCCUCCGACCCUAGGGCUCCCCCCUUCCCCGCCGAUGUCUUCCGCCGCGCCGUUUCCGACUGCCGCGCGGACGUGCGGCACCUCGCCCGCUCGCUAAUUGCUCACCUCCGGGCCUCCGAUGGCGGGGUCGCGUCCCUGAUCCAACCCUACGAUCGGAAGCCUCUCUUCCACAUGGAGGCGCUGCUGAACCGGAUUUUCCACGCCAGCUUCGAGGAGGACGCCGAGGAGGGGACCGGACCGAUCGAGCCGGCGGCCCGGUGCGAGGCGAGCCGGGCCGGCUACGAGGCCGUCAACGGCCUUCGUUGGGACGAGGUGCUGCUCAGGGGGACGCGGCACUACAGCGAGGGCCUGAGCCGCUUCUGCGACCAGAAGAUGAGCGAGGUGGUGGCGACGCUGGGGUGGGCGCGACCGUGGCCGGAGCCGCUUCUGCAGGCCUUCUUCGGCGCGGCCAAAUGGUCGUGGGUGGUGCGGCUGAUGGCGCGGUCCGUGCACCCGGCGAUCCCCCUGCUGAAGGCGGAGCAGGGGAUGGCCUUCGAUGGGCGGUACAUGGAGGACGCGGCGGCCGACCGAGUGCGGAGGGUGACGCCGGCGACCGUGCGGACGAUGGUGGCGCCCGGGUUCCACCUGUACAACGACGGUGACGGCGGGGUGGUGAAGUGCAAGGUGCUGUGCGUGUACGAAAACAGUAGUAGCUGCGGCGACAGUGAUUACAGCAACGGCACAGGGUGAGCUUCACUACGCCUCCACGAGGAAUUUGUUGGCAUCUUCCUUUCUUAUAUUUUUGUUUCUCUUCAGUUUCUAUGUACAAGAUUGUGAGGAUAUGGUUUAAUAAUGACUUAGAUAUGGCUUAAUAAUAACUAUUGUAUUUUUACUUUA